CCCUAGUGAAGCAGCGGUGAACACUGGCUGGUGGCAGAGCAGAGAUGUGAAGAAAUAUUUGCCUUGGAAGCGCAUCGGCAUCCGGACAGGCCAGGUGAUGAAUAGCCAGAUAUCCUCCUCUGCAGUCCAAGCCCAUUCUUUCAGCCUGGGGACUGACCACUCUUCUUUCCCAGAGUGCUCCAGUGAUUAACAUGGCACCCAUCAUGGAGGGCACACACACCGUGUUGCUCCUAUAUGCACCCAUCCGUGAGCUAAGCCACAUCAGCUUGUAUUUUCCCAAGAGGCGGGCCCCGGACUUCAAGUACAAGAGCCGCGGCCCUCAUUCAGAGAGGUUCACUAAUGACCAUGACUUGGGAAAGGAGGAUCUUGCCGUGUCCAAACAAAGAGGCCAGUCUUCAGACUCCUCAGGCGAACUCCUCAACUCCCAGCAGUCAACAAAGGAAGCAGUCGCAGAGCUCUGCAGGCUGGCGGCGGAGCAUCACCAGUUGCUCGCAAACAUCUUAUCGCUGUGUAGGGUAUGUGCCAAUAGAGUCAGGAUGGGUAACCAGGAUGGGAAACUCCAGGAUAUCAUGGAGGGUCAGGAAGUUCACCUUGGAGGUCAGGAUAUCAGCAGCAUCAACUUUCCUCUUGCUGGGCCUCCAGAGCAGAAGAAAGUUACAUCCAAGGGCAAAAAGUUGAAGAAGUUGGGUGGUAAAAAGCUGGACAGUGCUGAGGAUUCUCUGCACAGCAAGAUGAAGAAGAAAGUUUCAAGUGGAACAUCAUCAAAUGAGCUUCCUGCUCAAAAUGGUUCGUCUAAAUCUUCAACUUCAAAAGUGCAACAGAUCCCAGGUGUUCUUUCCUCUGCUCAUGUCUCUGACAGCUCAGUCACUGGCUCUUAUGUCAGCGCGGUCAGUAACCCCAUCCUCCCCAUGGAGGAACCCUUCCAAAUUGUGCGGGAGAGUUGGGACUUCAUGGAGGACAACCGGGCAUUUGACCCUGACAUGGAUUUCUGCACUGACUUCUCUGAAUAUGAUGCUGAGCUGGGUUACGAGUCAUCGUUUUGCAGCUUGAUGGAGGGUCUGACCCGGCGGGAAAGUGGGAGCAAUCUUCGACCAAUCAAGAUGUUUGAUUCUCUUGAUGAGGAAUUAUCUGGCAACACAUCAACUGCCAAGACAAUCAACCAGAGUAAUUCAGGGGUCAGGGUAGUGGCCAAAGUGCAAGAAGUGGAAGGAAGAAUGCAACAUGUCAAUCAUUCAAGCCCAGACAUGGAAGGGCCAUCCAUGCUAAAUCCAGGGCCUAGCAACUGUCAGCUGGAGAAUGGAAAGUGGAGAGGACCAAGUCAGAUGGGAUUCAAUGGAGAAAAGACAGGUCCAAAACUUUCUGAUGGGCUACGGUUGCCCCUGUCCAACACAAAUGAACCUUACUCUACCAAAUCCCACCUCAAGAGCCCCUCUUCAACCUCUCUCGCUGGGAUCUUCAACACCUCUUUCCCUGCCUCCAAUAGCCUCCAGAGCAUGUCCCCAGUCCUGUCCCCUCUGUCCUCCAAGCAGGAGAGCCCCAUCCUGAACCACCGCAUUGUACUGCUCUCAGAUAAGGAUGUAGAUCCUGAGCAAGACAGCUCCAGCAACACAGACGAGCCCAAAAUCUACACCGAGGUUAUUGACAAGAAUGGAAACAAGCGCACCGUCACCCGUCUGGAUUUGAACCUCAGCAGACGGCCGAGCAGCUCUAAGUGGAACUCCUCCAGCAAUUCUACAACAACAGAGGACUCACUCCUGCGUCAGGAUGACAUCUGGAUGCUGGAUGGCGAUGACCCUCAGGAGCCCCUCUCCCCUGUUCCCCGCCCAGAUCACCUGGACUUCCUGCGCAUCACACCGCCUGAGGAUGACAUCAUCGGGGACACACCUUACAUUCCCAGGCUGGAGCGCACGGUAAGGAGCCUUGAACAGAAACAUCACACAUACACUUGGAGAUUAAAAUGAGCUGUGAUGCAUAUUGUCACAGUGAGAGCAGUGUGGCUCUCUUGUGUUCCUCUCUCACACUUUUCUCCACUCAACCAUUCAACCACCUGAUCAUGCUUUCUUAGAAAACAGAUUAACCCGUCAGGGAUUAUUAUCUGCAGGCUGGGGUCUUAAGCCAAAACUGACUGAGAU